AUGACUCAUAUGGUCGUGUGUUCUGGUCCCGUUAUUUAUAUAGUUUUGAUUCUCCUGGCCACCACCAACAACAUCAACGGCAGUUCCGAGGGUGACAAUACUAGUAUAUCUAACGUCACCACCGACGCACCAACAAGUGAGAAAAUACCUCUGGUGUUUAUGGGGCUGAUGUCGUGGAAAGUGCAACAGGGGUGGAAUGGUGGAGGAGUGGUACCCGCGAUUGAAAUGGCUUUAAGUGAUGUUAACAGUAGAACUGAUAUAUUAGCCGGCUAUGAACUCAAGGUGGUAUGGGGCGACGAUCAGUGCAUACCGGGGAAAUCGGUUCGAUUGUUAUUCGAACAAAUUACCAAUAAACCUGUGAAGAUAAUGAUACUAGGAGCUGGUUGUUCUACGACAGCUCAGGCAUUCGCGGGUACGGCUCCUUAUUUCAACUUGAUACAGGUAGGGGCUUCAGAAAGCUCGCCUAAAUUAUCCAACAUUGUGGACUAUCCAUCGUUUAUUCGCCUCACUGGACCUGAUACCAUAUAUAAUGAAGUACGUAUUGCGAUCAUCAACUAUUAUGGAUGGAAAAGAGUGGCUACCAUAUAUCACAAUAUGGAUUUCUUUGCUGUGCUGAAUGCAGACCUGGUAGACAAGCUAGGACAGAACAAUAUUACUAUCAUAACUGCCGAUACGUUCAUGGAUGAAGCAUCGAAUCAAGUCCGCAACAUGAUAAAUAAGGACGCUAGGAUCAUUAUAGUGGAUGCCUACGAACCGCAGGGGAAGCAAGUACUAUGUGAGGCACAUAAACAAGGACUAUACGGGGGACAAUACGUAUGGUUCCUGAUUGGUUGGUAUAACGUGGAGCAAUGGCGUAAUGAGACUGAUACCGGGACUGACUGCACAUACAAUGAACUCUACGAUGUUAUCGAAGGCUCGUUUAUCCCCGAUAAAAUUCGAUUCGACGAAUCUGGCAAACCUGGAGUAUCAGGAAUGACGUUUAAAGAGUUUGAAGAACGAUACAAAGCGUGGCCGUCCUACGAAAUGUAUGGCCCUAAUAUUGCCUUUGCUUCCGGAUACGAUACCGCAUGGGCGGCAGCCUUGACCCUCAAUAAGACAUCUCAAAUCUUGGCAGCACAGAAUUUUCUGCCAAACAGUUCGUACUAUCAAAAAUCGUUGGAGAAUUUUACAUAUGGUGACACUGAAAUGGCAGACACUUUUUAUCGAAUUAUGAAGAAUCUAAAGUUCCGUGGAGUAUCGGGAGAAGUACGAUUCGAUGACGUGGGGGAUAGACGAUUGUCUCAUUCUGUCUCGCAGAUAAGGGACGGCCGACUAGUUCGUGUUGGAACAUGGCAUUCAGACAGAGAACUAAGUUUGCAGUUCCAUCCGGAUAAUCCUGUCAUAUGGUCAGAUGGUGGCGUACCCGUAGACGGACUGACCUAUAUGGUGCGAUUACACUACGUGCCCGUUACAGAAUACGCUAUUUUCUGCGGCAUCGCCAUUACUUGUAUGAUACUUGCCGUCGGUUUUCUCUACUUCAACGUUGCGCACAUGACUCAUCCAUACAUUAAAAUGUCUUCUCCUCGUCUCAACAAUUUAAUUAUAUUUGGAUGCAUUCUGGCGUAUUUUUCAAUUGUUCUGUUUGGUCUGGACACCCGUGCUGUGUCCAUUGAUCGUUAUCAUAUUAUCUGUUCAGUUCAAGUCUGGUGCCUGUCGUUUGCCUUCACGUGUGCUUUUGGUUCGAUGUUUGCAAAGACUUGGCGUGUGCAUUUUCUAUGGACAAGAGGACGAAAGGGUCAACGAAUUGAGAUUCGGGACAGCCACUUAUUUGUUAUGGUUGCAGUGUUUCUAUGCAUUGAUGCUGUGAUCUUGGCUUUGUGGCAGAUAUUUGAUCCUCUGAAUGCCGUUACUACUGAUACCGACGAAGUGGAGACUAUGAACGUGGUUACACAAUACCGUCUAUUGUACUGCGACUCUAACUAUCGCUUCUACUGGAUGGGCGCCAUCUACGUCGCAAAAGGGUUACAACUGGUAUUUGGUUGUUUUUUAUCCUAUGAGACGAGAAACGUCUCGAUACAAGGAUUAAACGAUUCUCGGUACAUUGGUUUGUCUGUUUAUAACGUGGUCGUGCUGUGCAUAAUGGGAGUCACAGUUUCAUUCGCCUUGCAAAACCGCCCAGAUAUUGCCUAUGGUUGUGUUGCAUUCUGCAUCGUCUUGUGCACAACUGUUACGUUGUGCUUCCUCUUCAUACCCAAAAUUAGACAAGUCAUCAAAGACCCUGAUGGCCACCUCUCCAAAAUUGCCAUGCGCUCUGCUUCAAACGCAAUUGAAUCCAACCAUGCACGGACACGUGUCGGCGACCUUGCUGCGGAGACAGAGAGUGCCAGUGUGAAAUCAAUGUAUCAAGAUAGCGUUUAUAGAGGGGACGUUGCCAAGGAACUUAAUCAGCUUCGUUCAUGUUUGCGAGAGAAAAACAAAGAGAUAAACAUGUUGAAGUCUUUGUUCAAUAUUCUCGACGACCGUUCCGAUUCACUGUACCCGAAAGUGUUAACCAUUGGAGACUAUACUGUGAAUAUACUUGGAAAGAAAAUGAACAAAGAAAAAGAAGGCGGUAACAGCAUUAACGGUGAUGAAAGAAGUGAUAUCAGUGACAAAGAACAUAUUAGUACCACACCCAAAUCGAAUAAAGCUAGUAGUGGGGAAAUUAAUUUGUCUUUUGUAAGCGAUAGUGGCAUAUACAUUGGUCAGACAGAUGACGAUGGUGAACAGUCACAAUCUACAAUAUUGUGA